GAGCAAGGGGGCCCGGUGUCUUCCCCGCUUUAGCCGCUGCCAUGAUGCACACUCUGCGGGUGUGCCAGGCGCGCUUCAGCACAGCCGCCUCGUCCUCGCCGCUGUGCGUGCGCGCUGGGCCCCGGUGGCGACAGGCUGUGAGGCCCUUUUGUGCAGGCGACGAGGACGUGGCGCGGGCCCAUGCCUUUGUCCUGGAACGGGGCUACUCCCCCCGAGUGGCGGAUGGCAUUGUGGAUGCGCUGCGCAGUCCAGGCACCGGCAUCCACGCGGGGCAAGUCUUCGCGGCCGUCCAGGGCCUGGCCGGGCGAUGGGAGGUAGGUGAAGAUGCAGGCCUUCAAGCGUUGGCCAAAAGCGUGGAGCAGGAGCUGAGCGAGCAAGAGGGCAAGACCAUGGUGCGCUUCCGGGUGCAGCCGCCGGACCAGGGCGAGGCCUUCGAGUGUGAGGGCUUCGAGGGCAUGUCCUUGAAGGACAUUGCCGAGUUUGGGCGUGGCCGGGGUGCCGAUGUGCUGAAGGAGUACAUCGAGUGCGCCUGCAGCGGCGUGAUGGCCUGCUCCACCUGCCACGUGUACGUGGAUGAGAAACACUUCCAGACCGCAGGCGAGCCGGAGGAUGCGGAGCAGGUCUGGCCUUCGGAGUUCAGGAUGCCGCAUGUGGCUCAAGUGCUUGACCAAAUUGCCCGGUUGAUGCUUCUUGUUCAGGACAGGAGUGACCUGUAUGGCGCGAACUCAUGGUGCCGUGUUUGCUGAGCACCCUUCGGUCACCCCGGCAGCUCUUUCUGACUUCCGUUCGCGUGUGCAGGUUUUGGCGAGUGGAGCCACCACUCCGUACAUGCAUCCAUGAACAAGAAAUAAGGAAG